AUGGCACAGGACUUGACACCAGCGCAGGUUCUGUUUCACAACACCAGAACUGAUCUGUACCUCACAAUUCGCGGCAAGAUCUAUGAUGCGUCUGGGUUUCUAGAGGAGCAUCCUGGUGGCGAGGAAUUGCUACUGGAUCUUGCAGGAAGAGAUGCGACAGAGGCUUAUGAUGAUGCUGGCCAUUCCGAAGAGGCAGAUGAAAUUCUAGGCGACAUGCUAAUCGGCCAACUGCUGACAAGUGCAGAUGCUGCACCGAUGUCCCAAAUUGGAGAGAGUACAAAGGCAACAAACAUUGCGCUGAAAGUCAAAGAGGCCGCAAAUAAUGUCACAGUGAAGGUUAAAGAGGUCGUGGUCGGCGCGAUCAAACCUUCAACAAGGACCUCGCAGCCGUUUUUAGUACCAACGGCAUUCCGGGAGACCGAGCUUAUUGAAAAAACAGCCAUCUCGCAUAACGUCUCAAUGUACUAUUCUCCGGUUCAUGACUUUUCGUCUCACAUGCUAACGUCCGUUCGACAAAGUUAUCGAUUCAAAUUGCCGUUACCAGAUGUUACGCUGGGCUUACCCAUUGGGCAACAUGUCUCUAUUGGGGCUGAGCUACCGCAGACAGACGGCACUUUGAAGGAAUUCGUUCGAUCGUAUACUCCUCUCUCAGAUGAUGAGCCUGGAUCCUUUCGCUUGCUGAUCAAGUCAUAUCCGACCGGCAACAUCUCGAAGCAUAUAGGACUUCUAAACCUAGGUGACAGUAUUCGUAUACGAGGCCCAAAAGGUGCAUUUCAGUACAGGACCAACAUGGUCCGUCAUUUUGGAAUGGUUGCAGGUGGUACAGGAAUCACCCCGAUGCUUCAGAUAAUAGAGGCUGUUCAUCAGGGUCGUCAGCUUGGCGACAAAACUCAAAUCGAUCUCGUUUUUGCGAACGUUGCUGCCGAGGACAUCCUUCUGAAGGGUCGUCUAGAUGAGCUAGCAAAGAUGGACGAUGGUUUCAGAGUCCAUUAUGUGCUUGAUAAGCCUCCGCCAGGAUGGAGUGGAGGCACCGGAUACGUGACAGGGGAGAUGAUUGCCAAGUGGCUUCCAAAACCUGCAAAGGAUGUACGAAUUCUACUUUGUGGACCGCCUCCUAUGGUCGGCAGCCUGAAGAAGAUAACUGAGGCUCUGGGUUUUGAUAGAGCAUCUCCUGUCAGCAAAUCGGAGGAUCAAGUGUUUGCCUUCUGA